AUGACUGGAAGUUCACGUUCAGAAAAGUUGAAACAAAUUUUAGAGAAAUGUUUAUCAGAGACAAUUGACAAUUUCACUUACGAGAAAGUCUCUGGAUGUUUUCCAACUUUAGCUAACAAUAAACCUAAAAGAUUAGAGGCUGCUCAUAAGCAAGUCACUACAUUCCUAAGAAAAAAUCAUAAGGUUUUAAAGAAACUUGAUGAAUUAGAUGAAAUGAUCAAUGAAUCGAAAAAAUCGAAUAAUUCUUUUCCAUCCAAUGAAGAGAUAAUGACACCACAAUCUAGUAUCAGAGCAAAAACUUUACCGACGAAACAAGAAGAAUUGAGACGUUUAGAAAAUGAAUUUUUAAAGAUAAACAAUGAAAAUGUUUCAUUAUGUUUAGAAAUUGAAUCAAUCCAAGAACAAUCAGAAUCAAAAAUAAAUAUUCUGAGAAAUUUAAUUGAACCUUCCAAACAGGUUGAUCGGGUUCACUUGGUAGACUUUGUUAAAUUGGAUGGAAGAAAUUUUGCACUUAAAGGUGUACCACUUGAUGUUCAAAAUCUAAAUCAAUCGGGGGAAAUUAUAAAACCAAACUAUACUGCUUAUUUUUUAUUUUUGGACGAGAAAAUGAGUAAAACAACAACUGAAAAAAUCUUUGGUUUACCUUUAAAAUAUGUUAGUUUAAUAACUCUAUGCGUUCAGAAUAGUGCGUUGGUCAUUGUGAUGAGAUAUUCCAGACUUGACCAAGACAAGUCGACACUAUACUUCACAUCGACAGCAGUAUUCUUGUCAGAACUGACAAAGCUUAUCAUAUGUCUUUGCAUGGCAUUGGAUAAUCAAAUUGAAGAGAGAGGUUACUGGAGUCUCAGAGUGUUGUAUGACGAUGUGUUUGCACCUGAUGCUUGGAAAUUGGCAAUACCAGCCAUUUUAUAUACCAUCCAAAACAACUUACAAUAUAUUGCUGUCAGUUUAUUGGAUGCGGCAACCUUCCAAGUCACCUAUCAACUGAAAAUCUUGACCACAGCAUUAUGUUCGGUGAUAAUGUUGAAUACUUCCUUAAGCGGCAUGAAAUGGUUUUCAUUGGUAUUAUUGACAUUUGGAGUUACGUUGGUGCAAUUUAAAUACGAUAGUGAUUCAGCAUCCAAGGAAGAUGAGAACGUGAUAGUUGAAAGAAUUUUAGGAUUGAGUGCGGUGGCGGUCGCAUGUGUGAUUUCAGGUAUAGCUGGUGUGUAUUUUGAAAAGGUGUUGAAAGGUUCCAAGGCGUCGGUCUGGAUACGUAAUGUACAAUUAUCAUUUUUUUCGUUGUUUCCUGCGUUGAUUCUUGGAGUUUGGUGGAAAGAUGGUGAUGGCGUGUGGGAAAAAGGGUUCUUCUACGGUUAUAAUUUGACGGUUGUUGGUGCUAUAGCAUGUCAGGCAAUCGGUGGUAUAAUAGUAGCAAUGGUGGUGAAAUACGCAGACAAUAUUCUCAAAGGAUUUGCAACCUCGAUUUCAAUAAUUUUGUCGUUCAUAGCAUCAGUUUAUCUAUUUGAUUUCAUCGUCACUUCCACGUUUUUGGUUGGUUCAACAUUUGUGUUGAUUGCAACCUACUUGUACAGUAAGCCUGAUCAACCUGUACAACCUAAACAAGAUACCGAUGGUGGCAAUAAUAAUAAUGAUUCAACAGUUGCUACUAUUCCCGUUGUCAACACUGAUGAAAAGUUCGGUGGUAAUAGUAAUAAUGAUAAAGAUAAAGAUUACGGGUAUGAUUAUUCAAACGGAAAAACAAAUUUUGAUGGUUAUGUACCACUAAAUAACUCUGAUAGAACUGUUUCAAAAUAA